AUGACUCAACUGUGUCUCAACUGGUUUUCUGAUUUUUCUAAUUUUCUACAUCUUCAGGGUCUCAUCAGUGCUGCCCGAUUUGUUGUCGCAGCUGUACAUCAACUAUGUGAGGCAGCUAACGCUCUUGUACAAGGCCAAGCAAGCGAAGAAAAACUGAUCUCUGCUGCUAAACAGGUGGCGGCGUCUACUGCUCAACUGCUUGUGGCCUGCAAUGUCAAGGCUGACAUGGAUAGUCAAGCACGACGACGACUUCAGGCUGCUGGUCACGCUGUGAAGGUAAUUUAUAAACUAUUCAAAAUUAUUAAACGGGAAUACUAUGAAAGUUAUUGGGCAUGAUU